AUGACGCUGGACGUGUCGCGGCGCUACUGGCGCUGCUGCGGCACUAGCGACAGCGCGCAGGCCUACGACAAGCGCGUGCACACGGCGCAGCACCAGCUGCUCGCCGUGCCCACCAUGACGCUGGACGUGUCGCGGCGCUACUGGCGCUGCUGCGGCACUAGCGACAGCGCGCAGGCCUACGACAAGCGCGUGCACACGGCGCAGCACCAGCUGCUCGCCGUGCCCACCAUGACGCUGGACGUGUCGCGGCGCUACUGGCGCUGCUGCGGCACUAGCGACAGCGCGCAGGCCUACGACAAGCGCGUGCACACGGCGCAGCACCAGCUGCUCGCCGUGCCCACCAUGACGCUGGACGUGUCGCGGCGCUACUGGCGCUGCUGCGGCACUAGCGACAGCGCGCAGGCCUACGACAAGCGCGUGCACACGGCGCAGCACCAGCUGCUCGCCGUGCCCACCAUGACGCUGGACGACAUAAAGAAACUCCUCCCUGAAGAUACACCCGCAUCGUCCCCUGCGGAAGCACGUGCGUGCGCUGUCAGCGAGCUACGCGCACGUGUAGCGGAGCGGAGACGUGCGUUAGCGCUGGCUCGGCUGGCGGCCGACGCGGCAUUGUACUUGCUAUGGGCACAUCUGAGAGUGUUCCUGCGACUUGCUGCACCCUCUGACGAUCACUCAUUAACGCUGGGCAGCGCGUGGCGCGGCGCGGGCGGCGACGAGCUGGUGGAGCUGCGCAAGGGACUCGUGGGCGUGUUCAGCGACCGCUUCACCGACGACCUGCUCGACAACGCCAAGAACCAGCCAGCCGCACAGCGCAGUUUCCUCGAAGUGCUCCUGAAAGACAUCAAGAGCAUGAUCCAGUUCUCGCCGCUGUAAUACAGCACUAGUUAUUGCUAAUCAAUUCCGUUUACUAAUUAUGAAUAAAUAAAUUGAUAUUUUUCCAAA